GGGGGUGCCGGGGUGGCAGGGCCGGAGGGGUCGCACCUAAGGGGGCAGAGGGGGCAGAAUGGGAAGGAAGAAACACAAGUUGCUGCAAAGAGCUGCUGAGGCUGACGCUGUUCUCAAUUCGGUCCGCUCAGCGAGUACAAGAGGCAGCAGAGCCCCGACUGGCGGAUCAGAGAGGCAGCAGCAUCCCGGUCUAGAGCAAGCAUCAUGUCUCUGCAGCUGGAAGAGAAUGUCCCUACCACAGAGGAGGAGGAGGAGGAGGACGAUGAUGAUGACGAAGAAGAAGAAGAGGAGGAAGAAUCCGACAAAAGGUCCUCUGGCAAGAGAAGCAAAGCAGCAGCCCCCUCCUCCUCCGGGUCCAAAAAGAAGAACAAGAAGAAGAACCAGCCAGGCAGGUACAGCCAGCUAGUGGUGGACACCAUCCGCAAACUGGGCGAGAGGAACGGCUCUUCCCUGGCCAAGAUCUACAGCGAGGCCAAGAAGGUGUCCUGGUUCGACCAGCAGAACGGCCGCACCUACCUGAAGUACUCGGUGAAGGCCCUGGUCCAGAACGACACCCUGGUGCAGGUCAAGGGGGUCGGUGCCAACGGCAGCUUCCGACUCAACAAGAAGAAGCUGGAGGGGGGAGUCCCGGAGAAAAAGGCGGCCCCUGCCCCCAAGCCCCCCCCCCAGAAAGCGCCUCCCAAAAAGAGCCCCAAGAAGACCAAGGCUAAACCCAAGCCUAAGAAGGAGAAGAGCAGCCCCAAGAAGAGCAGCCCCAAGCCGGCACCGGCCGCCAAGAGUCCCAAGAAGAAGGCGGCCAGCGGCGGGGGCAAGAAGGUGAAGAAGGCGGGCAAGCCGAGCGGGGCCAAGGUGCACAAGACCAGGAAGGCGUGAGGAGGGCUCUGGAGUGGACUGGGAUCUUAUGCUUGGAGCUUUGGGAGAUCUACGAGCCUCAGUAGGGAAUUGUGAGACUU